ACCCACCCAUCGGAUUCCAUACCCCGCCAUCUUCUUCCGAUUUAUCGGACGGAACAUAAUAAUCGUGUUUUUUGAGGUGAAACUUUCUCUAUUUCAUUGGAACGCGUGGUAAUAUAAGUGGAAAAGUUGUAUCGCUGAAUCCAGCACGACUUAAAAGAUGUCAAGAUUCCAUAAAAGUUCAUGGGGUGGUCGGAACAGAAGAACUGGCAAUUCGGAUGACAAACACUAUUUUGGACACGAUGAUCGUAUACCACGAAAUAAUGGAGGUCUACAUCUUGGGAGUAGACCGAGGGUAUCUUUCAAGACUCAGACCAGACCCUCCAAUGAAUUAACUAGGAACUUGGCUUUAGCAUGCUUAGACGAUGAUGUUCAAAUGGCCACAAGUUCCAAUAACAAUAAUAGGCAGGUUGUUAUGAGAGGAAGAGACAAAGGCAUGCAACGUGGAAGAAUCAGUCCUUUACCUUCAAUUCACUUCACAUUCAGAGGAGGAAAGUGUAUUCCAAGUGUUAGACAUAUGUUUGCUAGAGAACCCAAUUGUUAUAAAAUUGUUAUACCAUAUGGACAUAAAUAUGAGAAGGAAUAUAUAUUAAACAAUCUUCUUAGUUAUAUGGCACCAGAAACUUUUGUUCCAAUAAUGUACAAGGUAUCUGGAAACGAAGCCAGUUUUUAUGUGGAUGAUCAAAAAGCAGCAAUGGCGCUAAUUAAUUGUCAUCAAAAAAUUACAACUACAGAUGGAUUUAAAUUACAAGUGAAGGUUUUUCAACCAGCAUUUCCACAUUGUGGAAUUGAUAAUAAAUUAAAAGAAAAACUGAAACAAGCCAUGGCUAAACGUUACGUAAAUGAAACUAAUGCCUUAGAUUUAUCAAAGUUUCAUCAUGAUCCUGAUCUUGUUGCUGAUUAUUUCUGUGCUCUGUCUCGAAAUAUACUGUUAAAAACUGUAUUAGACAUUGCAUCAGAACACAUACCAAAUCUGGAGGCACUGAAUUUAGAUGGAAAUAGAUUACACGUACUGGAGAAGUUAAAUGUUUUGAACAAAAAAUUUUCCAAAUUGAAGAUUCUGUACAUCGGGGACAAUAAGAUAAAAGAAAUUAAGCAAAUAGAUCAUUUCAAGGACUUGAAACUGGAGGAACUGAAGCUAUCUGGAAAUCCCCUAUGCAACAAGUAUAAAACUCGACAAGACGAAUAUAUAAGCGACGUGCGGAAACGGUUUCCCAAACUCCUACGGCUGGAUGGUAUGGAGCUUCCUAAACCAAUUCUGUUCGACGUAGCGGACGACGGAAACAAAUUGCCACCUUCUCGAAGAAUAUUUGUUGCAAACACGAAAGCGCAAGAAAUUGCUAGCCAAUUUCUGCAACAAUAUUUUCUUAUAUUCGAUAGCGAAAAUCGUCAGCCGUUAUUAGACGCGUAUGACGAACACGCGUAUUUCAGCAUGACAGUGUCUUACACUCACAAUAGUAAUAAAUUAAACGGAUAUCUUAUGAAGAACAGGAAUUUGUAUAGAAUUAACGAUACAAACAAAAGGCACAAACUAUUGAAGCACGGGAGGUUACCCGUAGUUUCAUUUAUCUCUGAAAUGCCACAAACCUCCCAUUAUCUAAAUACGUUUACUAUGGAUAUCAGCCUAGUGACGGAAGUGAUGAUGUUAAUCACGGUCACUGGUCUCUUUAAAGAGGUAGACAAAAAAGAUGAGUCUAUACGUUACUUUAACAGAACAUUCACAAUAGUACCUGAAGGAACUGGUUACUGUAUUCGGAACGAACAGUUACACAUUAGUAAUCCAACAGACGCUCAGAUAAAACACUUGAACACUCAGUUGGAAUCAGAAAUUGCAAGUCCAUCGCCGCAGGCAGCGGCAGCGGCAGCGGCAGCAGUAGCAGUAGCAUCGAGCAGCACCGCUGUGAAACCAGUACCACCGCAGAUAUCUGAAGACGUAAAACAACAGAUGACCGCAACGCUCAGUCAACAAACGAACAUGAACCUAGAAUGGAGUCUAAAAUGUCUGGAGGAGGUGCAGUGGAAUUACGACAACGCGCUUUCGGUGUUUCAACAGUUCUUCAAGCGAGGACAGAUCCCAUUGGAAGCAUUUAACAAAUAAGUAUUCGAUAGAGAUCGAAGAAAGUAAGAUUCACAUCAAACAUUUUCUCAUUCUACUUAUUAUUUUAUCGAUGCAUGCGUCUAUACAUGUGGUACGUGGUGCUUCUUUAUCAUGAUUUCAAUGAAGACGUAAAGGUAUUGGGUAUCUUGCCAUGUUCUAUUCGUCACAUUCUAUGAAGUUACGCAACGUUUUUCCAUCGAUUUUGGUCACCCAAAACCUUUAUUUGCUACUGACAGUGUACCUUUUCGCAAUAAAGUAAAAAUAAGCUUGUUGCGUAUUCAAAAAGAAACGUAGAACGAGAAGAAUGUUUUUUUGUCGUAGGGUAAACGCGUGCAACAACAAGCUUCUUUUUACCUUAACCCGGUAAAACAUUUGAAUGUGUUACUUAUUGUAAAAGAUAUGAAUCCGUAAUGUUUAUGUUUCGCGAGAGCAAUUGUCCUUCAUUCGAAUCAUGAUACGUAUACAAACGAAGAUGGGAUUUGAUGGAUGUAUAGAUUUAAAAAUGAUUUAAAGGGAAAAUAAUAUUAGUGUGAUUCAGCACUAUAGUUUUUUUCUUUUUUUUCUAUUUUAAUUUUUGUACGUUGAACCUUCCAGAUUAGGCGAAAUGUUAUUCAAAGCCAUUAAGUUGAAUCUCCUCGAUCGUCUCAUGCGUGAAUAAUUUUUCUCAGCACGUAUACCUUUGAAUACUUGCUGAUUGUCGAAAAUAUGAGAAUAUGCAAGUAAUACUUAGAGUCUGUUUACUGCCGAUUUAAUUAUGUUUUACAAACAUAAUGAUGUUUAUUUUUCAAAAUAACAUAUGCACUUUGCAUACCAAUGCACUCGCUCCAUUUCAGAAUAUGCAUUAAAAUCAUGUCCUAAGGGGGUCUCAAAGUAGCUGUUAAGUAUUAUCGAUUAAUAUAGGAAAAUAGUACGAUUGUGUCCUCAUUUGAUGAACAGAAAUUUUGAAUGUGAUAUCCUACAUAAAAUAAGCAUCAUUAUGUGCACAAUGGAAACUAGUUUACAUUAAGCAUUAUCAGGGUUGCAACGCAAUGUAAGACUAAAGUUUAUAUAGAGACCAUAGUUGGCUGAAAUUUGUACGACGCUGAUUGACCUUCAUCAUUACAAUUCAAUUUUGAUUAAAAUGUAUUUUCUAUAAGGUGUAGGCCAUUCCUUUAAUUCGAUCAAUUGAAACUAAAAUUACUCUUGUACGCAUAAAAUAAUGAAACAUGUCAACCAGCUUCGAACAUGUUUGGAAGAAAAAAAGAAAAAUAGAGAUUGACGCAUUGCGUUGCAUUUCUAUGGUGAAUACUACAUCGCAAGUUGUAUAUAUGAAUGUACUGUUAUUCGCGAUCGUUCUGUCCAUAUGUGUUAUACUUUCAAAAUAUCUGAAGUCCAUGUACGUAUAGCGUGUGAGCACAAAUUAUUUAUCGGUAUCGCUGGGAUGUAAUAAUACACAUCUAAUGGAAAGAAAAUGGACUUUCGUCAUAUCCAAGAUGAAGACAAUUAUCGCUUGAUAAAACGGUCACCGAAACUGCUCACAAACUGCUUUGGAAAUGCCUCGCUGGUCAUAGUUUUACUGUGAUGGAGGACACGACAAACAACGAAGAGCAGAGUAUGUCCUAAUGAAAUAUUUAGGACCCUCGCAGGAAAAAAAAAGAUACAUAUCGAAGGCAAAGCCUGUUAUUUCCCCUCCUGUUGUAACCUGUCGGGACGCAGCUAAUGCGCCACGACAAAUAAGAUACUAAUCUAAUCUUCAUCAGGAUACGAAUAAAUGAACCAACGAUUAGCAUCGAACAGAGUGAAAUCUGGCUCGAGCUUCGUAUAUCAGCUGCUUCUAAAUCCAGAAACCAAGUUCUGCACAGAAGCAUUCGUUGGUCGAACAGAAGCAGUGGCCACAAUUUCUUUGUGUCUCUGUUUCAGACACAUGUUGGAUGAUACUGACAGACUUAACGGAUUUGAUACAGACAGAAUGAUAGAACACAAAGACUGCGUAACAAAAUCCAUGCGAUUGUGACAAAGACGAUUGCGAUCAAUAAUUAUUCUUAAUUCGUAGGAAGCAUUUAAAUGCGAAAAAGAUUAAUGGCAUGUACAUGAUCAUCCGAAAGAAUAGUUUAUGCUCACACACUGUACCAAUUCGUAACGACCUCCAAUGACGGAAAGUAUUUUAUGGCAGUAUGGCGAAACUACACUGCAGAUUUUGCGACAUAUAAAUCACACACCCAUUACCACUAUAAAAAAAGAAAAUACUUUUUUACUAAUUUACUCGAACAAUUGUGAAACAUUCUAGAUAUACAUUUCUGUGUGUAUUGUAAAAGAGUCGAUCGCGGGUACUAAAGAUAUUUUCGUUCUUUUUAAGAUAAUCGUAGGCAUUCGGAUCACUCCGUGGACACAUGUUAAGAUACGUAUUUGCAGUUUUUGCC